AUUUUGAGUUGUGACUCUUUUGAAGACGGUGUGCGAUAUACAUACAUAUUUAGUUAGUUUAUAUAUAGUAUACACGAAUGGCGCAAAUCCGAAUACGCGAGUACGCAUACCUAAGUGUGUAUUAAAAACACUGUUCUUACUCUUUAUAGUGUUGGAGAAGCGGUGGGUACCUACAUACAUACAUUGGGAGUAUGUUGUAUAUUGGUUGUUGGUCAAUUGAUGGGUUCAGUAUUACACUUAUACAAGCGCUUGUGUAUUUGCCCACUUUUUAUUUGGAAGAUUGCUGACUCACGCAUACCCGAACGCUCUCAGCUCUCGCAGAUUGCUUCUCCAGUCGAAUUUCCAAUCUAUUAUUAGUAUUUGUUUUUCUUAUUUGGCUUUGUAUAGGUAUAAAAUGCUCAGUAAAAUGUUGUACUUCACUCGCAAAUAUUUCUCUACUUGUACUCUCCUCCAUUACUUUCUAUACUAUAUCCAUACAUACAUAUACAUAUUAUAUUCCUAUGCAUAUGUUAGGCCUUUUUAUACUCUCAUAUCUCUAUGUACGUUUUAUACCCGCUAUGUACAUACACGUUACUAAUUGUCAAUUUUGACCUUCAAGGUUCCUUCAAACUCAACAACGGAGCUGCCGCAACGAGCUGUGAGCUGUGAAAACGAAACUGAAACGGUUAUUCAACCAACAGACUGAAUUGAUUCCGAGGCGAACGCUUAAAGACAACGGUUGGUCGAGCGGGAAACUAUAAAAUCGUGCUCUACUAAAAAGUUGAAGGAAACAAUUCUGUGUAGAAGGAAACUCAGACGGGACUUGAUAAAUUUUUCAAAAGAAAGAUAUUCUAUUAAAUCAACAUCACUAACGGUGAUUAUUAAACCGAUGUGCAUUUAGGACUUCUUUGAGUGAGUGAGUGUUUCGUGCAUUUUUUUUUGGUUGUGUUAAAUUUGUUUUUGCAUCCGCAUCCGAUUGCAAUUUGAGCAAAACAAAAGCCACCAAAACAGAGACAUACCAACAGAAUAACGAACACGAAAGAACCGAAACUUGCAUAUCCAACAACAAAUAUAACUGAAAUUGCAACAGCAACCAGAAUAACUGCAAGAGUGCAAGCAUUAAAAAAAAAAUAGAAAAGGCGGAAAGCUUUGAAAUAUCUUUGCAGCAGAUGAGAGAGAAUCGAGGAGGCAGAAGUAACAGUACAUUGCAAAAGCUAUAAGUGAAAAUACGGACUACUAGUGCUAGCUCUCUUAUUCGCAAUAUAUCUGACAGAUACAUACAUACAUAUAUAGAAAACAUACUGAUAACUACGCGCACAACCCACAGUAGCGCGCAGGUCUUGAGCUAAAAUAAGCAAAAACUACUACAUAUUUCAAAGUCACCAAAAGCUGCGAGAGUAUCUAAAACGUAGAUAUUUUUGCGAAAAAGUAUAUCUAUCUAUCGUUUGCAUUCAACUAAUCGCGGAAGCGUACAAACGUUGAAAAACAAAAAAAAACUACAUUCAUACGGCGCGGCGUUGUGCAAAAAAGCUAAUCAAAGCGGCAGAGAUGGAGAAAGAUUUGAAUGGUGCAAUGCAGAGCAUGUCUAUUAAUAGCAGCGGCAGCGCAAUUGUCAAUGGCUGUUGUCGCGGCACCGACUGCAUCGUAAGCGACAAGCUUUCGUGCCACAGUCAACAACAACAAUUAGGCGCUUGCAGCAGCCUGAGCAACAGUCAAAACAACGGCCAUUGCGUCGCAUGCAAGUGUAGCGGCAGCAUUGAGUCCACGGACGAAACAGAUAACGUACGCGUUGGCACAAUCGGCAACAGCGCAGUUGGCAGCGUAGCCAAUGUUACAUCCAGUUUUUCGUACAAAUCAGCAUCUGCGCAGCAGCUACAGCAACUUCAGCAGCAGCAACAGCAGGCACAGCCACAAACACCAUUGCCACCACACGCUAACGCUAGUAUCGCGGAAAAACACAAAAUGGUUCACGAGUUAUGUCAGCAAUUAAUAUUAACGGACGAACAGAUCAGGGAAUUAAAUUAUCGCAUCCUGCACGAAAUCAAGCGUGGCCUCGCCAAGGAAACACAUCACAAAGCGGAUGUCAAGUGCUGGGUAACGUACGUACAAGAUUUGCCCAAUGGCAAUGAACGUGGCAAAUUCUUGGCCCUUGACCUUGGCGGUACCAACUUCCGUGUGCUGCUCAUCCACCUCAAGGAGGAGCACGAUUUCCAAAUGGAAUCACGCAUUUACGCCAUACCACAACACAUCAUGAUCGGCUCUGGUGAGCAGCUCUUCGAUCACAUCGCCGAAUGUUUGGCCAGUUUUAUGUCCGAGCACAAUGUAUUCAACGAGCUUCUGCCAUUGGGUUUCACCUUCUCCUUCCCACUGCAACAGCUCGGACUCACCAAAGGUAUUUUAUCCACUUGGACGAAAGGUUUCAAUUGCUCCGGUGUGGUGGGUGAAGAUGUUGUGCAACUGCUGAAGGACGCCUUAGCGAGACGUGGAGAUGUACAAAUUGAAAUUUGUGCCAUCCUAAAUGAUACCACAGGUACACUGAUGUCAUGCGCUUGGAAAAAUCACGAUUGCAAAAUUGGCUUGAUUGUGGGUACUGGCUCGAAUGCCUGCUACAUGGAACGCGUGGAAGAGUGCGCUAUGUUCGAAUGUACUAGCAAUGGCAAGGAACAUAUGCUGAUCAAUACCGAGUGGGGCGCACUGGGUAAUAACGGUAUGUUGAACUUCAUUCGCACCGAAUUCGAUGACGAAAUCGAUCAACACUCUAUCAACCCGGGCAAGCAGCUGUUUGAGAAAAUGAUAUCGGGCAUGUACAUGGGCGAAUUGGUGCGUCUGGUAAUAGUGAAAUUGGUCAAAGCGGGCAUACUCUUCAAGGGACAGGAUUCGGAUGUACUAAUGACUCGCGGCCAGUUCUUCACGAAAUACGUGUCGGAAAUCGAGGCUGACGAACCUGAAAACUUCACCAACUGUCACAUGGUGUUGGACGAAUUGGGCUUGAAUGACGCUACCGAUGAAGAUUGCGCCAAUGUCCGUUACGUCUGCGAAUGUGUUUCGAAGCGUGCGGCGCAUCUGGUGUCUUGCGGUAUUGCCACCCUCAUAAACAAAAUGGACGAAAAACAGGUAACUGUAGGCGUUGACGGCAGUGUUUACCGUUUCCACCCGAAAUUCCAUUCGCUGAUGGUGGAGAAAAUCACAGAAUUGGUCAAGCCAGGAAUUAACUUCGAUCUGAUGUUGUCCGAGGAUGGUUCCGGUCGUGGUGCCGCGCUUGUGGCGGCGGUAGCGUGUCGGGAGGACAACGUCAGAGCAAAAGCUAAAUAAAUGCAAUUAGCCGCCAAAGGAAUAUGUGAGUAAGCCCACAAGCCGUGAAAAGGCGCAAGCUACCAGUGCCCCCUCCCCUACAUAACAUAUUGUAUACAUCUGUAAGUGAAUAAGGCUAACAAGCUUACACGCCAACACAACAAUAGUAAUGUUAAUUCUUAUAAAAAAAAAAAUGCUGUGACAGCCGUCACACAAUUUAAAUAGUAGAAGUAGUGAUGUAACAAAAACAACAAGAAAACCAAAAAAAAAAAAAGAAAGCGAUACAAAAACUACGAUGCAGCAGCAGCAAUCACAUGACAUGACGUGACGUUUUACGCGCAAACUCAGUAGUGAAAGCAACAAAGUGAUAGUAUAAAAAUAAAACAGGAUACAAAGGAUGAAGAGUAGUGCUGUGCGAUGAUGGGGCAGCAGCGCAGAGUGUGCAGAGCAACGUGUGAGAGAUAGGGAAGGCCGCAGGCAGCCAGCCCUCCUGAGCGUGCAGUGAUGUGACCGAGUAUUGCCGCAAGAGUUGUACGAUAACUAAAAGAUGUAACAGCAACAACCAUACAAGCAUACAGUUGUCACUAGUUUUGUACAUUUGUUGAUUUUUUAGCAAUAAAAAACUAAAAUUAUUAUAACUAUUAUAUAAUAUACAUACGAGUAUAAAAAAAAAUAUUUUAAACUGCACUAUUUUGUUUUUAAGAAUUUCGUUUUUACAUAUGUAUAUUCCUAUAGAAAAACGAAGGCAAUGAACGAAUUUGAAACAUUGUAAAUUUGGCAGAAAAACGUAUUUUUAUUUAGUUUUAUGUUGCCUUGGCACCUCUAGAUUAUUUAUUUGGUUACUCUUAGCAGAAAAAGACAACUGCAUUACACUGCUUUCGGGCAAAUUUGCAUGUGUGACUAGAUUAAAAA